AUGGAGUCUGAGCCUGGGGUGCGGGAGGGGGGGUGCGUGGGAGCUUGGGGUGCUCAGAGCCAUUGUCCCGACCUGCGGCCCCAGUAUGUGCUGGAAGCCGCUUUGAGCCGGGGUGCAGCGGCGCCUUUCCUUCCACAGGCUGCACGCGGGGUGCAAAAGCUCCUCCCACGGUCCCCCAAGCAACUUGGAUUAAUUAGAAAAAGUUCCAUUACUUCCUCAAAUGGCAAGAAUCAGACUAAAGUCAGAUCAAGGCAGUUGUUUGACUAUUUAAUAAUUAUUGACUUUGAGUCUACAUGCUGGAAAGAUGGUAAACGCCAUUGUACCCAGGAAAUAAUUGAAUUUCCAGCAGUUUUGUUAAACACUUCAACUGGAGAGAUUGAAUCUGAAUUCCAUAUGUUCGUCCAACCUCAGGAACAUCCAAUUCUCUCUGAAUUUUGUACUGAACUAACUGGAAUAAAGCAGAAUCAAGUUGAUGAAGGAGUUCCUCUAAAUAUUUGCUUAUCACAGUUUUCUAAAUGGAUUCAAAAGAUACAAAAGGAGAAGAAAAUUAUUUUCAAAUCAGAUGUUUCAAGCCAUUCUAUUUCUGAAGCAAAACCAAGUACCUUUGUUACUUGGUCAGACUGGGAUCUUGGGGUUUGCUUGCAGUAUGAAUGCAGAAGGAAGCAACUGCGAAAACCCGACAUUUUAAACUCCUGGAUUGAUCUCAGGGCAACAUACAAGCUCUUCUACAGUAGAAAGCCAAAAGGGCUACAUGGUGCUCUACAGGAUUUGGGGAUAGAAUUUGAAGGACGGGAACAUUCUGGGUUGGAUGAUUCUCGGAAUACUGCCCGUCUGGCUUGGAGGAUGAUCUGUGAUGGAUGUGUAAUGAAAAUUACUAAAUCUUUGGAUAAGGUACAGCCAAAGAAGAAUUCAGUGUCCAGAAUUUUGAAUAUGAACCCCAUUGAAGAGAAUACAUUGGGAAGUAAUGAUGACGCUGAAACUUCAGACAAAGAUGGAAUUUGCAAUAGCAGUUGCCUAUUUGAGAAUGAACUCAAGAAAUGUAAUAAAAUGAUUAUAAAUUCUGUUGGAAAGGUAAAAGAACAGCCACAGUCCAGUUCUACAAAUUCCACUGCAAAUGUCCAUGUUGGGGCUAGAAGCAGUACAAAGAUUGAUGGAUGUGGUAAAACUCAAAGCUGCUUGUCUCCACAUAUUGACAGACUUUCUGUUCCAUUUGGACAGCUACAGACUUCUCACUGUAACUUACUAACAGGUAUCCAGAAUGGAUUAAAUAAUGGACUUAUGUCUGCUUCCAAGUACAGCUCUUCAGUACUUGGUUCAGGGCUAGUGCUUGUCUCCACUACUAUUUCCUCUGUUAAUAUCUCUAAUGUAGAUGUGAGUACUAGUUCUGACUGUUUAUAUAUGUUGACUGAUUGGGAAGAUGUAGCUCUAAUACCAGAAUCACAGCAUCAAGAAAAUACUGACUCUGUGAAGCUUAAAGAUGACCCAGAUACAAAGACUUUAUCAGUCUCUGGAGAAGCAGUGGUUUUGAAAGAACCAGCUACGAUGAAUUCAGACUUUGAAUGUUUGGAGAAAUCCAAUGAACAUUUGGAGACUUCUAAGUCUAUUGUGUACAAAAGUCCUAAUACUACUAUCUAUGAUGUAGGAAUAGUUCAGAGGCAAGCUUUAAACUGUUCUGCCUUUAAGUUACCAUCUGUGAAGGUAAAUGUUUCAAGUGCAGUGUUGACUGAAAAUCAUUCCACCCCUUUCUCACAGAAUCCUAAGAGGAAACCAUCUAGUCCAAAAACUUUGCCUCCAUCAAAAAAACAGGCAUUCACUGUGCAUGAAGAUGUAGCUUCAUCUUCUGAUCAUCCCCUACCUUCGAGAAGUUCAAGUUCAUACAAAGUACCUUCUAUUAUCUUAAACUCCACAGUGAGUCCGAAGCAAUCUUUAAGAGCUAUGAAAAGUGAAAAACUGACUCCUCCCUUAUGUAACUGUGGCCGAAGAGCUAAAAGACUAAAUGUGUCCAGUGCUGGUCCAAAUUAUGGCAAAGUGUUUUAUAGUUGUCCUGCUGGAAAACAUGAAGGGAAGAAGAGAGGCUGCGGAUAUUUCAAGUGGGAGCAUGUACUUCUAAAGGAAAAAUCUGCUAACACUAUCUCUACACAUUCAACUACUACAGUUGGUUUAACAUCUCCUGGCAUAAACUCAGAUUCUUCCGGAAAUUCUCACAGGAAAUAUCUAGGUCUCAGACCUUCUAUGAGAACUUGAAUAUUAAUUAAUUUUUGUCCAAAUCUUAAUGAAUGAUAAGUGUUCGCAGAAAAUAAGCAAAUGAUGCCACAGAUUUCUGUUUCAACAGGAUUGGGCAUACAUGAUAUUACUGGGCUUACUUAAAAAUGAAAACUCGUGAAGCAUAAGUGGUAACAGUUGGACACAAUAACGAGAAAAUUUAAGGAGAUUAGUGUGGCUAACAUCAAAGUAUAAGCAGCAAGCCUACCAAGUUUUAAUAUUUUUAUUCUCUUAUCGGGCAUUUUAGAUUUUUUUUUUUUUUUUUUUACAAACUUGAUCUUUAAAUAUCAGUGUUAGUGAUACACAUUUUGUUUGUGACAUUUUUUUCUAAAAAUACAUCUAUAUAUAAUUAACCUUCUACAAUGUAUGCAUGUGUCUUUAACCCUUUCUGAAAAAUAUUUCAAGUAGUAAUGAUGGUUUUAAAAUUAUUUUAUGCAGUCUUUAUUACUGAAAUGAAAUAUAGGUAAAUGUAAAUUCCUGUGAUAUUCUGAGUAAAUAAACUUUUUAAUAGCAAAACUGCUAAUGUGUCAGUUGAUAUAACAUUUCUUUCUAUUCUCAUAUGAUGAUCAUUAUCACAGUAUCUGGGACAGUCAAAUAUUGUGUUAAAACAGAUACUCAGAUACUUGAACUUCAUUUAAUAACAGAGAUUACCUUGUUUGUAAAUCUAUUCACUUUCACUAAAUGAGUACUUAAAUUCCAGGAUUUUCAUAAUGAAAACUCAAUAUUGGGAAGAUUUUCCUAUUCUAAAUGGAAAUUUUAGGGAAAAUAUUUUAAGAUAUCUGCUCCAACCACUGCUUACUUCACAGUAAUAUGAAUGCUGAGAAGCAAAAGCAUAGUCACUAACUUGGAAAUCUAUGCAUAUUCCCGAGAUUACCAGUUUUCCAGAUUGAUGGAUGCAUUAAAAAUGUAUGAUAGAGAAGUGUUGUAGUAGAAAGGAUGAAUCAAAAACAACCGAUAGCUGUGAACCAGAAGCAUGCAAGCCACAAGCAGAAAUGUGUGUGUGUGUAUUAUUUAAAGCUAACAGAUACAGAAAACUGCUUAUGCAGCUUAUUUUUCCUUCUGGUAUUAUUAAAGUGAUAUUUUUUUUUUAUAAAUAUAUUA